AUGGAGGCAGCACGGCCAUACGUGAAGGAGAUGGCAAGCAAGCACCAUCCGCAUCUUGUGCGUCUAUUGGGCUAUUGCAUCGACUUCGACCUCUCCACACGACUCAUGGAGCAGAUCCUCGUUUACGAGUUCAUGCCCAACCACGACCUUGAGAGCUGGAUUGGUUCUGGUGUCUCCCAUCCUCUUUCGCUUCGUCAAAGGCUUGACGUUCUGAUUGGAGUGGCAAAGGGGUUGCAGUAUCUUCAUGACUUUGGCAUUGUGCAUCGCGACAUCAAACCUGCCAACAUUCUCCUUGAUGCAAAGAUGCAGGCAUGUCAAUAUUGUUACUUUGGGCUUGUGAAGCUUGGUGGGGGCACUGCUAUGGGCACGUCUGUGGCUGCCACUCGAGUGAUGGGAACACCGGGCUAUGUGGCCCCGUUGGUGGACUCCGGUGCUGUAUUGGCAUUCAAGGACCCUCACUUGGACGCACCAGAUGACUUGGUGCUGCGCUGGGCUCGCCUUGCCCUCUCCUGCACCGCCAUGCCUGCAGCCUCCCGCCCCUCCAUGAAUCAAGUGCUUUGGGAGCUGGUGAAGUUGAAGCAGGAGGCGUCCGGAGCACAUGAGGGUCAUGUGGGCGAGGCCAAAUCUCGCAUUGACAUGGAGCUUGGGAGCUCCAUUGGCUCCUCCAGCUUCACUGCUGAAAUGGCCCGUGCGGAGCGCGAGGGGGGCAUGCCAAGUGGCUCUUCCACGUAA